GAGUCAUCGCGAGAGGCGCGAGCUGCGGGGUGGGAUGGCCACGGAGCCGGGCGGAGCUGGCCAGCGGCUCCCGGAGCCGGCCCUGCGGCCCGAGACAUGGCCCGCGGUCCCGGCCCGCUAGGCCGGCCUCGCCCCGACACGGCCGCCAUGCCCAAGCGAGGGAAGCGACUCAAGUUCCGGGCCCACGAUGCCUGCUCUGGACGCGUGACCGUGGCGGACUAUGCCAACUCGGACCCGGCCGUCGUGAGGUCUGGGCGGGUCAAGAAAGCCGUCGCCAACGCCGUUCAGCAGGAAGUAAAAUCUCUCUGUGGCUUGGAAGCCUCUCAGGUCCCUGCAGUGGAAGCUCUUUCGGGGGCUGGCGAGCCUUGCGACGUCACCGACAGCAGCGACGAGAGGGACACCCUGGAGGGGAGCACCCAGGAGAGGCCCGUCUCCAGGAAAAAGAAAACCAGGAGGCACAGAGGAGACCUGGAUGGGGCUGGCGGAGAGGAGUACCCCAUGGAUAUUUGGCUGCUGCUGGCCUCCUACAUCCGCCCUGAGGACGUUGCGAGCUUCUCCCUGAUCUGUAAGAAGGCCUGGACUGUCACUUGCACGGCUGCCUUUUGGACCAGGUUGUACCGAAGGCACUACACGCUGGACGCCUCCCUGCCCCUGCGCCUGCGCCCGGAGUCCAUGGAGAAGCUGCGCUGCCUCCGGGCCCGCGUGAUCCGCUCCUUGUAUCACAUGUACGAGCCCUUCGCGGCUCGCGUCUCCCGGAGCCCGGCCGUCCCAGAGGGCGCGUCCAGCGCGCUGCGGAACUCCAGGUGCUUACUUUUCUGGUGCAGAAAGAUCGUUGGGAACAGACAGGAGCCAAUGUGGGAAUUCAACUUCAAGUUCAAAAAACAGUCCCCUAGACUAAAGAGCAAGUGCACUGGGGCGCUGCAGCCCCCUGUGCAGUACGAGGACGUCCACACCAACCCUGACCAGGACUGCUGCCUCCUGCAGGUCACCACCCUCAACUUCAUCUUCAUCCCCAUCGUCAUGGGGAUGAUAUUCACCCUGUUCACGAUCAAUGUGAGCACGGACAUGCGGCAUCAUCGCGUGAGGCUGGUGUUCCAAGACUCCCCCGUCCGCGGUGGUCGGAAGCUGCGCAGCGAGCAGGGUGUGCAAGUCAUCUUGGACCCGGUGCACAGCGUUCGACUCUUCGACUGGUGGCACCCUCAGUACCCGUUCUCCCUCCGAGCGUAGGCGCUGCGCCCUGUCCCCGCAGGCCGGCUGAGGAGCCCACCCCCUUGGUCAUCAGAGGCCUGGGUGAAGGGGCGGCUGGGUGGGUGCUCUGGUUGGGAUGCACAUGCUCCUGUUGGGGGAAGGGCAAAGGUUGCGCCCCAUGUUCUCUGGACAUAAGAUGAAACACAACUAUGACUUCUGAACAUACUUUAAUGUAAAACUUUCAUUUGAAAGGAGAAACGAGGCCCUAUUUUCUGUGUUCAACCCCACUUGGUGCUAUUGAGUUUGUUGUUCUUUAUUCUUUUAUCCCAAUGGUCUUGCUCUGGGAAAAAAUUAGACUCUUGAAUCUCCAAUCAAGGAAGCUUCAGCAUUCCCUACGGAUCAGAGGAAACUUAGAGGCAUAGAAUUGUUGCUACUGUUGCUUUCAAUUUAGCUGCCCCUCAAAUUCAAGUGAAUAUUUUUUCCCUUUCCCAUUCUCCAGAAAUAAAACAGGUGACAGGGUUUUCAGAAUCUUAUAAGAUUGACUUGUGUAUCUUUCUUUAAAAGUAAUUUUUGGGCAUUUAUUACAUAAAUAUUCUUUUGUCAAUUU